AUGCAUCUACUGGAACUCUCCUCAGUGCUGACCAUUGGGUUAGCGCUCUUAACCCCUGUCAAUGCAGUUCCUACCACUGGAAAUGUUUGCACGGUGAAGGCAAGAGGCCACCAAAAAGAUGAUGUUGAAAAUAUCCUCCAAGCAUUUAAAAAAUGCGACAACGGUGGUACCGUGGUUUUCCCCGAGGAUCAGUCAUACUGGAUCGCGACACGAUUGAACCCAGUGCUUACUGAUGUGAAAAUCGAGUGGCGCGGGAAAUGGACAUUCUCUGAUGACUUGAGCUACUGGCGCAACAAUUCCUAUCCAAUUGCCUUCCAGAAUCAUCACGCGGGGUUCAUCAUCUCAGGAAACGGGAUCAGCAUCGAUGGUUAUGGAACAGGCGGAAUUGAUGGGAAUGGAAAUGUGUGGUACGAUGCGGAGGAAGGGACUACGCAGCCAGGUCGACCAAUGCCGUUUGUGUUCUGGAACGUGUCAGAUGUGAAUGUGGAAAACUUCUACGUGAAAGACCCACCACUCUGGAGUUUGAACAUUAUGAACGGCACAAAUAUGCGUUUCAACAAUAUCCUAUGCAAUGCCACCGCAGUCAAUGCACCAUAUGGCGAGAACUGGGUACAGAAUACAGAUGGCUUCGGUGAGCAGCUUAUGGUCCCUACUAUCAAUCAACAGAAUAUUAACAGAGCCUUCCACGAAAUAGAUACAAUGGAUGUGGAUAAUGUUCAACUCACCAACCUGGUAUACCAAGGUGGCGAUGAUUGUAUAGCGAUCAAGCCACGUUCCUAUAAUGUUGAUAUUCGCAAUGUGACGUGCCACGGAGGAAAUGGCGUUGCCAUCGGAAGCUUGGGGCAAUACCUAGAAGACUCAGGCGUGGCCAACAUUCUGGUCGAUAACGUGAAGAUCAUUCGACGCAACAAUGACAUGGAGAACGGUGCCUAUAUCAAGACAUGGAUGGGCGGCCUUGUGCCACAGAGUUCGUAUGAAAGUGCAGGGCUUCCCCGUGGUGGUGGCUGGGGGAGCGUUCGCAAUGUCAUAUUUUCGAAUUUCGAAGUCGAUGGCGCCAGUUCUGGAAUUGCCAUUACUCAGGAUAGUGGCGACAAUGGCUCAUAUGUUGGAACAAGUAAAAUGAGCAUUUCCAACGUUGCAUUUGUGAACUUCACAGGCUAUAUCGACAAGGACUCGACUAAAGUCGCGUCGGUAUCCUGCUCCAAUCUGCAUCCAUGCUAUAACAUUGACUUUGACAAUGUUGUGUUAUACCCAGAGAACAUGACCACCCCGGGCAUAGGAUCUUGCUCUUAUACAGCUGAUGAUGGGGUGCAUGGACUUGAAGGAUGCUGA